AUGUAUUAUCUUAAGUUUGCCCUUUCGACCAUAACUCUUGCCCUUGUCCUUGGCUGUUGUCUUGGAAAUGGCUAUGGUGGCUAUGGAGGCUAUGGAGGAGGAUAUGACAUGUACGGCGGAGCGAUGUACGGAGGAUAUGGUGGUUACGGAAAAGGCUAUGGAGGAGGAUAUGGCGGAUAUGGCGGACAUGGCAAAGGAUACGGAGGGAAAGGACACGGUCAUCAAGAAAGAGCUCUGUAUAUUCCUUACCCUGUACCCGCUGGACCUGCACCAGGAUUUGUAGCAGGAGCCGCCGCAGCAGAGUACAACGACGAUAACAGUUAUCUUUUGUUGUUCGGAGGUGCCCUCUUGUUACUGCUGCUGUUGAGUAAUAACAACAUUGGAUAG